AUGAGAUUGAUACCUUAUGCUUCAGUAGUAGGAAGUUUGAUGUAUGCUCAAGUCUGUACUCGUCCCGAUAUUGCACAUAUUGCUGGAAUGCUAGGCCGGUAUCAAUCUAAUCCCGGCCUAGAUCAUUGGAAAGCAGCAAAGAAAGUGUUGCGAUAUCUACAAGGAACGAAAGACUAUAAAUUGACAUAUAGAAGAACUGACAACUUGGAAGUAGUAGGUUAUUCUGAUUCUGACUUUGCUAAAUGCAAAGAUAAUAAGAAAUCGACUUCGGGGUACAUCUUUAUGCUUGCAGGCGAACCAAUUUCAUGGAGGCGUCAUACAGCUAACAACAACCUCAACGAUGAUCGCAGAAUAAGUUGCAGUGUACAAUGCAACAUGCCAUGGGAUGUUGUUAAGAAAUCUCAUCACUGGAGUCAAAGUCGUUAA